UGUAUUCAAACGGAAAUUAUACACUUGGUUAUUAUUUUGCAUGUGUAGUUUGACUUUCCUCUUAUGGUUACUUUUAGGGAUGUGAUUGUGCACACUAUUUUCUGUCGCGUAUAUUCCAGUCAUUGUGGUAUUUGGCAGUGACAGCCAUUGACCUGGUGACAACCAUUGAACAGGAAGAGAUUCACACAAUCACAAGUGUCAAUUCAUAGUGUGUCGAUGCUCCUCGGUUGUAUGUUAGCUUAAAAACAAUAACGUUCAAAAUAUACUGUCGUAUGAAAGCAACACUACUGUCCAGGCACUAAGAUAAACUGAACAAUGACCGCAGCUGCGCGCCUUGUCUCGGCCGUGGGGGGUCCCGCUUCUUUAUGUCGAUUUCGCGGUGCUCUGGUCGGCUCGGUUCUGGGGGACUGUGUCGGUGGUGAGUUCGAAGGGACAGAACCUGAGGAGAUACCUUUGGAUCGACUCCUGGGAUAUCUGGAUGGUCUGGAGGAUGAAACCCGCGGCGACUGCAUAUUGCAGUACAGUGAUGACACGGCCAUGACCCGCUGCGUGGCCGACUCUCUGCUGACCCGAGCAGGCUUUGAUGAGCAGGAUAUGGCCAGAAGCUUUGCCAAGGAGUAUAACCAGGACCCUUCCCGAGGCUACGGUGCCGGCGUGGUGCAAGUGCUGAAGAAGCUGGCCUCCCCGCAGCUCAGCGACGUCUACCAGCCCGCACGCGCCCAGUUUGGCGGCCGCGGCUCCUUCGGGAACGGGGGCGCCAUGAGGGCUGCGCCCUUCGCCCUGGCCUUCAGAGAGCGCGCCGACGUGCGGAGGUAUGCGCGUCUGGGGGCCAUGCUGACCCACUCCUGCUCGCUGGGCUACAACGGGGCCAUCCUGCAGGCUCUGGCCGUGCACCUCUCCCUGCAGGGGGCGCUGGCGCUGCCCCAGGACUUCCUCAAGACGCUCAUCGCAGAGAUGGAGGAGGUGGAGAACGACAAGUCCGCUCGCAGCGACGCCAGAGCGCUGAACGAGUCUGAGUUCCCAUUCUGCGCGCGUCUACACCGGGUGAAGGAGCUGAUGGAGAGGAACAACGUGAGCAUCGAGGAGGUCAUAUCUGAGCUCGGAAACGGCAUAGCGGCGCUGCACUCGGUGCCCACGGCCAUCUUCUGCGUGCUGCACUGCCUGGAGCCGCGCGAGGGCCUGCCCGAGAGGUACGGCGGCGUGGAGAGGACGGUGGCCUACAGCCUGCUGCUGGGCGGUGACACGGACACCAUCGCCUGCAUGGCGGGGGCCAUCGCUGGGGCCCACUACGGCAUCGAGUCAAUUUCGCAGGCCUGGCAGAGGAGCUCUGAGGGGGCCGAGGAGGCCGACAUGCUGGCUCGGAGGCUCCAUACCAUGUAUCACGCAUCAGCGCCCUCUGGUGGGGAGGCAGGGAGCAACAGCCAGCAGCAGCAGCAGAACAGCAAGGGCAGCGGCAGCAGUACGGAGCCACAACCCCCAGAGUGAGAGG